CUUUUCCCUUUUCCCUUUUCCCUUUUCCCUUUUCUCUUUUCUCCUGAACUUUUGAUAAAAAAAUCCAGAGUCCUUUUGAGGAAAGGAAAUUUAGAGCCAUUUGAACUGGUCAGGAAUUGAUUUGUCUAUGCCUCUAUAUAAGUUCCCCCUGACCUUCUGACAAUAAUUCAUCUCUCUUUGUCUCAGUCAAAAAUUCUCUCUUUUCCUCACCAUUUCCUCUUUGUAUCUCCUCUCUUUCCUACAAACUUCUCCACUGAAAAAACCAUUUUCCUCAAUUUUAAAAAGCUUCACUGUCUCUCUCCCACUCCUCGUUGGCAACCACUCUUAUCCACCCAUUUCAAAACUUGAUCUGAUCAUAUGCUAUUUGAGCUCAUUUCACACUACCCAAUUUGAUUUCAGUUAGUAAUUUCAUGUGUUUUUCAAUCUUCUUCCUCUCUGUUUCUCUUUCCAGUACUUCCUUUCCUCCAACCCAUUUGCUCAUUGCUUUGUCUUCUUCUAAUCUUUAGCCUCAAUUGUAUAAUGUUGCCUACUUGACAUAAUCUAAAUAGCUCUUCACACUCAAUUUCCUCCAAACAAGGGUAAGUUGUCUGUAUCUCAUUCUCUCUCGACCUCGCUAUAUCGAGAGCCUCGUGGACCGAUCAACCUCAUCCACCUCACCACGGUUGUUUCUAUUCAAAGAAUAGUUUAAUCUUUGUGGAGUUUUUGAAAUGGAAAAGGCCUGUAAUUGGGAGCAAGAGACUCUCAUAAAUGAGCUAAACCAGGGGAGGGAGCUAGCAAACAAGCUCAAGAACUACCUUGACACAAUGAAAUCAACUGAAAGCUGUGAAUAUUUGCUUCAAAAGAUAGUUUCUUCCUAUGAUAAAGCACUUUCAAUGCUCAAAUUGAGUGCUUUAGUCGGAGAGACUUUUCCAGUGACCGGAAUGUUGGAGUCCCCUCAUUCCACUGCUGGGAGUCCGAGGAGUGAGGGCUCUGACAGGGAUUGUAAGGAUCAAAGCAACAAAAUUAUCUUCAAAAAAAGGAAGAUAUUGCCGAGAUGGAGUGAGAAAGUCACGAUAUGCUCCGGAACAGGGCUUGAAGGUCCUAUUGAUGAUGGUCAUAGCUGGAGAAAAUAUGGGCAGAAAGAUAUCCUAGGAGCUAAUUUUCCAAGAGCCUAUUAUCGAUGCACCCAUCGCCAUGCUCAAGGCUGUUUGGCCACAAAGCAAGUGCAAAGAUCAGAUGAAGACCCAUCACUCUUUGAGAUUACAUAUAGAGGCAGACACACUUGCAUCCAAGCCUCACAUUUGACUCCCAAAUUUGCCUCACUGGAAAGAAAAAGCCCAAAACAGAACAAUGCUCACUCUCAGCCACAGCAGCAAGAAGAAAUUCAAAGACAAUCACAGGAGAUAAAAGUAAACUUUGGUACUGGCCUUAAAGUUGAAAUUGAACCUGGUGAAUUGGGCAUUCGAAAGGAAAUUUUUCCCUCCUUUUCCUUCCCUUCCACACCCAUUGAGCCCGAAAAUUUGGAAAACCAUUUUUUCCUGGAGGCUAUGAAAGAAAACAAUUUCAUGGGUACUUAUUCUCCCCCCUUUAUAUCUCCCGCAACAUCCGAGUCCAAUUACUUCCCAUUGUCACCUCAAGAGAUGAACAAUUUUGGAAUCGGCCACCAUUUGCAAAGCUCAGAAUCCGAUCUUACUGAUAUAAUCUCAGCCCCAACAUCAGGCACCAAUUCACCAAUUGGGAAUUUGGAUUUCUCACAUGAUCAAGUGGAUUUUGAUCCUGAUUUCCCAGACAUCCUUGCAUACUUCUCCUAAAGAAAGAUGAAAUAAAAAACUGCACAUGUUGAUCAUAGGCGGGCACUGAAUGUUAGAUGAGAAAUGUUUUUACCAGUAGUUAAUAGUUUCCAUAUGUAGUGCUAUAUGGGACUCUCCUAUGCUGUUGGGCAAGGGUAUUCUCUUUGCUUAGAAUUUGAAAAUAAUGGGCAACUCUGUUCCAAUUUUCACUGCAGUAUUUCUCAGUUUUUCUUGUAGAUUUGUACUUUUUGUUUUUUGGCAGAGAAAGAAUAGAGCAAAUGUUUUAACGAAUCGAAUUAAGUUCUUGCUCAAUUGUAAGAAUUUCCGUAGUUUUCAGUUUUAAUUAGUUUCUUUGUUUGAAGAUUAUCUUAUGUCAUGAGCCAAAGAAUAACAGUUACUAAUACAUGUUUCAC